AUGUCGUCAAACAGCACGAUGUACUUGCCGGGAGCAGAGGCGGCCGCCGGCGCCUCCGGGUGCUGCAGCACCACGACGCUGUUCGGCGCCUUGGCCGCGUCGUUCGCCUUGAGCUUCUUCCUCGUCACCAUGUUCCUCUGCCUCCGGACCAUCCACCUCGGCCGCCGUCGCCGCGACCGUGCCUUCUUCCUGGAAGAGCUGGAGCAGCAGCAGCAGCAGCAGCAGCAACGGCGGACGCCGCUCAGGUUCGGCCUAGACGCCGCCGCCAUCGCGCGCAUCCCGUCGUUCCCUUACGUUCGAGCAGCCGCCCAGGGCGGCGAGGCUUCGGUGGCGCCGGCCGAGUGCGCGGUCUGCCUCAACGCCGUCGAGGAGGGGGAGGCGGUCAGGGAGAUCCCGCUGUGCAGGCACAUGUUCCACGUGGAGUGCAUCGACCUGUGGCUCUCGUCCCGCGCCUCGUGCCCGGUCUGCCGUGGGAAGGCCGAGCCGGCCGACGAGCUUGCCGACGACGACAUAGCCGCGGCGCGCAUAGCGGAGGAGGAGACGUCCUCCGACGUCGUCACGCCGCGCGUGGCUAUCUCCGUCGUCGUGCCGGUGGAGAUGCUGGAGGGUGAAAUGGUGGGCGCGUCGUCGGCGUCGUGUGCCGCGUCGGCGCCACCGGAGCAGCUCGAUGUGCUGGCGUCUGGUCAUGAAACGGACUUGGAGAGGAAGUAG